GUUGACAGGUAAUGAAAAAUCGCAUGGUUGUCGGUAGUUUGGACAAUUAAAUAUUAUAUGUAUGCACAUAAACAUCAUAUCUCAGAUGUGGUUAUGGAAGACAUCUCUCGUUUCAGAUCACAGUAAAAUGGAGUCACAGUCAGAUUCUAGAAGUGGUCCAGUUUUCAAUAUGGAAAACGGUCCAAUCACAGAAGGCCAGGAGUUUCAACGUUCAGAUGACAAGAGAUCAAAUGGAAUCGGAAAUGGAGAAAUGCAACGUCGAAUUAAGAAUAUUCCUGUAUUAGAGGAAAGAAGACUCCUUGCGCUAGAAAGGCACAUCAAGCGUAAACGGAGGAGACGGCCGUACGUAAAAAAGAUGAAGAGUUCGGAGAAGAUUGAGCAUCUUGACAAAACCAUUGGGGCUCCAAAUGGAAGAAUGUCAGGCGACCCUGGGGCGUUUGAUUUAAAGGACGAGGUGGUACAAGCAUUAGAAGGGAACGGGAAAGAAGAUUGGAGUCAGAAUGAGACUGAGGGUACUGGGAUGGCAGUUUCAGAGAAAGAUGAGGAGAAGCCAAAUGGUCAGACUGAGAAUUCUGUGGUUCAAUCACCAAAGAUAAAUGUUGAAGAAGACGAGUCACAGGGUGUACAAUUUGAUAAGUUGGUUGAAUACUUACUUGACGAAGUAAAGUCAGAAAUAAUAAAGAAAGUUGAAGAAGGAUUAAAGAGUCAGCGAGAAGCGAACCAGUCGAUGGUUGAAGAUGAACGUCAUAUCAAAAAGGAUGAAGGGGCUGGUAUGGAGGUGAAGCAAGAAAACGAAGAAAAUUUCAGUCCCGUGAAAGAAGUAAAUACUUCGUCGUCUAAAAAUGCUAGGCACGUGGACGAUGAAGGCUGGAAGAAAGAGAGAGAAAACUUUCGAGAUGAAGGGCAUACAGAUUUGGAAAGAGCGAAUAACAGUGAAAACAAAAUUGUUGAUCUCGGAGAUGAAAAAGCCGAACAAAGUUUCAACAUAUCAUGUACUGGAUCAAAGGAGCCGAAACCAAAAGAUCCUGAAUUGGAAGCCGUAGAAACCAAUCAGCUCUUAGAAGAAGAAGGAGGGAUUGAAAAGACCGGUUUCAAUAUUGUCCUCGAUGACGAUGAUGAAGAUGAUGACGAUGAUGGCUUCAUGCCGAGAAAAUUGUUUUUCUUCAGCUUUUCCGAAUUCAAGAAAGAAGAGGCCUCCGCAUGAUGGAAGAAUACGAAUUAUCAGCAAAAACAACAUUCUACUUUUCAGGGUUAAUUUGUUAAAUAAUGAUACGAGUUCAAGAAAUAAAAUAUAAAAUUAUUC